AUGAGUGAACUGGAUUCUAACCCCGUUGCAUCUGAAGUAACCCAAAGCUCCUUAGCCCCUGCAGAGGAACAGAGUCACUCGGAGGCUGCUGGUGAGACGUGCGAGCCUCAGUCUACUGACCCACAGUCAGAGCACGAGCAGUCAGCAGAGCCUCAGCCCGACGACGAGGCUCAGGGCCCUGAGACCGUUGCAGAGAGCGGCGAGCCACCAGAAGCUGCUAGUGGUUCUGGAAGCAUCUCUGGCGCAAUUGAUGAUGUAACAGAAGCCAUGGAAGAAGAACAGGCCAGUAAGCUUCAGCCGCAAAUGCAACUGACGAAGGAUGAGAUAGCAUACGGACUGAGCUACUUCUCCCACCAGCACGGUUAUACAAAUCAGUUCAAUGUAGUAACCCCAGACCUUUUCCAGAAGCGUAUGCAGCCCAUCUGCGAGCUGUCUCUCCAUGGGUGCGAACACUUGCUCCGGGCACCCUUCACUGGUAGCAUUAAUGGCAGGGCCGUGGGAGGACAGACGCGGGGGGACCAGGGAGGUGCAGGGGCUCUGGGCAAACGGACUUGUUUGACACCCGCGCAAGUCAGCGAGAUCAUGAGCUACCGUGUCGGGCCCUCAGACGACAAAGACUUUGCUCUGGAGUCCUUCAAGAUGCUGGGCGCAGCUUCCAUUAAGGAUACUGUGCCAAUAGAAAAAGUGGCCGAUUUACUUAUAUCUGCUUACCGCGACAUCGAGACCCAGCUAGAAGAGGCCAAGGACUUUCAAAGCAUUUGUGAAUACUUGACAGACAAGAACACACAGCUUGAGAGAAUUAAAGCCAAGACAGAAGGGCGAGAGGUAAAGAAAGUUGUGAGCAAUGUACGGACAGCUCCAGACCCUACUCGCCCCAGAACACCGCCGCGACUCCGGACCCCUAGCGGCCUGAGCAGGAAAGCAGUUGUCGACCCUCGAUGUCAGUACGCGAUCCCUCUUCGCGAAGAUAUACUCUAUGUCCUCAGGAAGUGUUGCAUCGGGGAGGACAGUGAUAAGAUGGACUAUCUCUCUUGGAGGGAAAUAUUCACGACGCUCCUUUCAAUGAAGUUUGUUGACUAUCGAGAAGAGAUCACCCAGAUGUCGCAUUAG